GACUAAGGAGUCCAUAGAGUGCUGAAUUGGGAAAAUUGAAACAUCUGAUACUUCUUACUUCUUAGAAUCACACAACAAAUUAAUUACAGAAAAGUUGAAGAAUGAGUCGAGGAAGCGGAGGGGGAUACGAUCGGCACAUCACGAUCUUCUCUCCCGAAGGUCGUCUCUUCCAAGUCGAGUACGCGUUCAAAGCCGUUAAGGCUGUCGGAAUCACAUCCAUUGGUGUGCGUGGAAGAGACUCCGUUUGUGUUGUUACUCAGAAGAAAGUUCCAGAUAAGCUAUUGGACCAGACAAGUGUGACCCAUUUGUUUAAAAUCACAAAGCAUUUAGGACUUUUGGCUACUGGAGUGACUGCUGAUGCCAGGACAUUAGUCCAACAGGCAAGGAAUGAAGCUGCCGAAUUCCGUUUCAAAUAUGGAUACGAAAUGCCAGUAGAAGUGCUUGCCAGAUGGAUUGCAGACAAAUCCCAGGUUUAUACUCAGCAUGCCUACAUGAGACCGCUUGGAAUAGUUGCGAUGGUUGUGGGUAUUGAUGACGAAAAGGGACCUCAGCUCUUCAAGUGUGAUCCAGCGGGUCAUUUUUUCGGUCACAAGGCAACAAGUGCUGGAUCAAAAGAACAAGAGGCAGUUAAUUUUCUGGAGAAGAAGAUGAAAAAUGAUCCCGCUUUCUCCUAUGAAGAAACUGUUCAGAUUGCAAUUUCUGCUCUUCAGUCAGUUUUACAGGAGGAUUUCAAGGCCAGUGAGAUUGAGGUUGGAGUUGUGAGGAAAGAUCAAACUUUUUUAGUGUUAUCAACAGAGGAGAUUGAUGAGCACUUGACGGCUAUCAGUGAGCGUGACUAAAUUAAAUUAUUACCCCACUCCUUCGUUUUCAACAAAUAUUGAAAGUUGUGUCUUCAGACUGAUUUUGCUUGCUGUUUAUGAAAAAGUUUGGUUUCGGAAUUCCUGUGACAUUCCAACAUCAUUAUUACUUGACUGCUGAUAUGGUUGUUUACUUGAGAACUUAGUAAGUUCUCUGUUGAUCCAAGUUUAGGGCCUUAGGGGCGACAAACUAACAACUACUGUAUAUUAGCAUAACAAACGCCCUCUAUUGGUGUAAGGAAAC